CCCAACCCAUUUACCCGCCGUAUCCUUCUACUUCGCAACUCCUCCUCCUCCUCAAUUUCCUUCUUCUAUUAGGUCCCUUAUAGUCAUCUAUCUUAUCCGCCCGACUACUUGUUUCCCUCUUUUUCUUCCUCCCACGGUAAUUACUGGCGGUGUGGUAUACUGUAUCAAUACAUUCUUGUCACCGAACCGCCCCCCUUUUGCGACACGACCAGAAAUCAAAAACCCGCCAAAAGAAACCCCUAUCGCGCCCUAGACGACGGGCUGGGUGUAUAUACUUUCUUAACCGAACAUACCACUGUCGAUCUCUGUAUAGCGAUUACGAAACCAUGCGAUUUUCGGCUUCAAGCCUACUGGGGCUCUAUGGCCUUCUCUUAGCCUCCGUCUUCACCGUGGCCCAGCCCGCUGGCGACACCGACUUUAUGAGUGUGCGCGAGAACGUCGCCAAGGACUAUGAAAGCGAGGGCGAGAUUCCUACGACGAAAUAUUUCACGGAGUCCUCCUUCCAUUAUCACUAUGAUGGCCGCUUUGCGACCCAGCCCCUCCCCGACGACAAAGUCACACCUCACCUUUCCGCCCUGAUUCAGACCUACCUAUCGACCAUGUCAUCUAUCGGCGCUGAGACUUGGAUCAUGCAUGGCACUCUUCUUUCCUGGUGGUGGAAUCAAAAGAUCUUCCCAUGGGACAAUGACCUCGACGUGCAAAUCUCCGAGCCGACUAUCCAUUUCCUGGCAGAAUUCUAUAAUAUGACGGAACACCACUUCGACCUACCCGACGUUGACGGUGGCCGCAAAUAUCUUCUUGAGAUCAACCCCAACUACGUUGUCCGCAGUGAAAAGGACCAUUUGAACGUGAUCGACGGGCGCUGGAUUGACACUUCGUCCGGCCUGUUCAUCGACAUCACCGCUGUGCGCAAAGAUGACGCUCGACGCCAACGUGGUCAAACGGAGGCUCUGAUGUGCAAGGAUCGCCAUCAUUACCUGGAGAGCCAGAUCUUCCCGUUGCGGGAUAGCUACUUUGAGGAUGUGCCGGUUAAGAUUCCGUACAGUUAUACCUGGCUAUUGGAGGAGGAAUAUGGACCCAGGGCCCUGACGAAUAAGGAUUUCCAAGGACACAAAUUCAACGAAGACAGCAAGAUCUGGGAGCGGACGAAACGCAACGUCAAGCGUUUUCUCCGCCGACGCUGGCGUAUGAGUGAUUUGCCCACUCGCUCAGCCAACAACCAACCUCUUGUUCGCAUGGACGCAUCUUGAUCACCGUGCUUUGCAUUUUCAUCAGCAUUUACAUCUGCAUUUUGUAUAACCUCCUCUUUUACUUCAGCGUGAUGGUCAUUUCUGCCUAUAUUUUCCUUUUGUUCCUCUUCUCUUUACAUUUGCAUGGCGUUGGAUUUCCAUAGUGGACAUAUUUGACGGGGGUGCUUCUGUCGAUAGGCCGAUCAAAACUAAAACACACCUUGUACAUAAUAUUGAUGGGUUUAUGGUAUACUCACAACAAUGAGUCGACCGUUUGACUGUCAAUUUUUCUCAUUCUUUAACUUUCAGUAGAAC